UACGUGAAGGCAACGUGACGUCUAAACCGUGCGACGCACGUGUGAGUGUGGUGCGGUGGAGCGAUGGCUGCUGAGAGGCUGCAGUUUCAUGAAAUGGGCUUAGACGACCGUCUUUUAAAGGCGGUCGCAGAUCUGGGUUGGUCCCAGCCCACCUUGAUCCAGGAGAAGGCCAUCCCUUUGGCUCUGGAGGGGAAAGACCUUCUGGCUCGGGCCCGGACUGGAUCAGGGAAGACGGCUGCUUACGCCGUACCUGUCGUACAACGCAUCCUGGCCUCCAAACAGAGCGUUCGUGAGCAGGAUGUGAGAGCUCUGAUCCUGGUUCCAACCAAAGAGCUGGGUCAUCAGGUUCAGGCCAUGAUGAGACAGCUGACGGCGUUCUGCUCGAGGGAUGUCCGAGUGGCCGACAUCUCUGGAAAGGCUGAUCUGUCUGCGCAGAGACCUAUCUUAAUGGAGAAGCCUGACGUGGUUGUGGGGACGCCGUCCCGUGUGCUGGCCCACCUCAACGCCCAGAACCUGGUGCUGCAUUCGUCCCUGGAGAUGCUGGUGGUCGACGAGGCCGACCUGCUCUUCUCGUUCGGGUUUGAGGCGGAUCUGAAGAACCUGCUGUGUCAUUUGCCGAAGAUCUACCAGUCGUUCCUGAUGUCUGCGACUCUCACCGAGGACGUUCAGGCCUUAAAGGAGCUGCUGCUGCACAACCCUGUGAUCCUGAAGCUGCAGGGCUCUCAGCUCCCAGACAGCAGCCAGCUGCAGCAGUACAGCAUCAAGUGUGAGGAGGAGGACAAGUUCCUGCUCAUCUACACGCUGCUGAAGCUGCGGCUGGUUCAGGGGAAGACGCUGGUGUUCGUGGCAGCGGUGGACAGAUGCUACAGACUCAAACUGUUCCUGGAACAGUUUGGUAUCCCCGCCUGUGUCCUCAACUCUGAGCUGCCCGUCCAGUCCAGGUGUCACAUCAUCACCCAGUUUAACCAGGGGUUCUACGACUACAUCAUCGCCUCAGACGAACACAGUUUGGCUGAUCCCACUGCAGCGCCACAGACGACUGCAGGCAAAGGGAAGAAGACGAUGGAGAGAGGAGGAAAGGCGAAGGACAAAGAGUACGGAGUCUCCAGAGGAGUCGACUUCCAAAACGUGGCCAAUGUCAUCAACUUUGAUUUCCCCACGACUGUGGAGUCGUACAUUCAUCGAGUUGGAAGAACGGCGAGAGCAGACAACCCAGGCACCGCUCUGUCCUUCAUCUCCCACACUGAGCUCGCUUUACUGUCAGAGGUGGAGGAGGCUCUUACUGGAGAUAAUUCAGAUUCUGUUCUGAAACCGUAUGAGUUUAAGAUGGAAGAGAUUGAAGGCUUCAGGUACAGGUGCAGGGACGCCAUGCGUUCAGUGACGAAGCAGGCGGUGAGGGAGGCCAGACUGAAAGAGGUCAAACAGGAGCUGCUCAAUUCAGAGAAACUCAAGACGUAUUUCGAUGAUAAUCCCAGAGAUCUGCAGCUGCUCCGACACGACAAAGACCUUCAUCCUGCUGUCGUCAAACCACACCUGAAGAACGUACCAGAGUACCUCAUUCCUGAGAUGCUGAGGGGCGUGGUGAACCCACUGUCCAGCAGGAGGAGGAGGAAGAGGAAGGAAAAAACAAAACCACAAGGACUUGUCAAGACCAGUUUCAAGAAGAACGACCAGGGGAGGAACCCACUGAAGAGCUUCAAAUACACCGGGGGGAGAAACAGAAAAGGUAAAGCAGGUCAGUCGUAGCUGCAGCUGCAGGACUCAUGAACGUGAAUCGGUCCUGGAUGUUUAAACUGUGCAGAGACAUUGACCAGGAGGACGGUUUGGUCUCCAUGUCAGACCAGGUGAGACAAAUAUAAACUGUAUGGACUCGGUGGAGGAGCUAAACGGGACGCGGACAAAAUGGAUUCACUCUGACUUACAUGGACAGAAGAAAAUACAAGGAACAUCAGAGCGAACCUACAGUUUAUCUCUGAGAUUGUAAGAGCAACACAGAAUCCCUGUUAUCUAAUUUCUAAAUCAUCUGUUCUGGAAACAUUGUUUAUUAAAAUAAAACUAUUUCUCUGUUUAAAAAAAAAA